AGGCAGGUGUGCAUGAUUCUCUUAGGGGCCGAGUGACUCCGAUGAGGAGAAUAAUCGUCAUUCACCUGGGACUCGACGUGGGGCUAGCGUUGUGAGAACCCUUCCCACCGCCGUUCCACGGGAGUCCGAGGGUUUUACACUGAGGCGGACAAGUCUUUUGCAGAAUUGCUUCAAUCUUUCCAUGUCAUGUAUCCCACAUUUGUCAUGUCUUUCCUUUCAGCUCCGCUUCUACACUAUCUUCGCUCUAAACACACUGUUGGCUUUUUUGGCUUGGCCUUGGGGGAAGCACUGUUUUGCUUGGACAGGCCGAUGAUGACGGGCGUACAACUCUUGAGCGGGUUCUGCUGGAGCUGCCCAUCGAUUGCACAUCACAAUCUGAGGCCACAGAAGGGACAGGCGUUGCGCGUACCAGGAUUGAAGCGCACUACGGGCUGGGUUGAGGAUGCUCUGUGGGUUGCAACGCUUGGAAAGGCCAAUGAUGACUUUCAGAGCACCUUGGUCUCGAGGGUGCCGCCGGAACGGCUUACCACGCACUACAGUCUGAGGCUCCUAGAGAUGUUCCAUUUGAUAGACCUGGGGUACGAUUUGAGGGCCAAUGCCGUCACGUCAACAUGAAAGAUGCUGGGUUUCCGCUCGCAUUUCAAUGCCAAACUGAGGGGGACGCAACCCAACUAUGUCCAGGACGAGCCCCGGCACGUCAUUUC